AUGUUCCGGUCCAUCAGCAACAUCUUCAGGCGAAUCGCUGAGUUCGAAGACGAAGGGAGCGAAGGUGAGGAUACAACAGACGCCUCUGACUCGGUCGAGGACGGGAAGGAGGAACCUACUGAAGAGUGCGUGUUGACUGUGCUGCGACACAUCGCAGAGCUCAAUGACCACCGGUUUCACGGUGUAUUCGUCGAGCCCGAAGACGACGACGUGACUAAGAUCCACGCCCUCGUUCUAGGAUCUGUCGGCACACCCUACGAAGGAGGCUUCUUCCACUUCGUGCUCCGUUGUCCCUCGGACUACCCUGCGCGGCCUCCGCUGGUGAGCCUGAUGACCACGGACUCGGGUAGAGUGCGGUUCCAUCCGAGCAUCUACGAAAACGGCAAGGUGUGCCUGCCGCUACUGGACGCAGACACGACCGGACCUACGUGGACACAGGACCACAGCAUCGCGAACGUGGUCUCCGCCAUCAGGUGGAUGUUGUCUGAUGAGAAUCCCGUCGAAGCAGGAUCGGCUUUCGGUGUUCUACCAACCGUAGGGACGUGGCUGAGACGCGACAUCUGCUACAACACCGUACUGCAGCACGAGACCAUCAGGGUCGCGGUGUGUGACGCAGUUGAAGACUGUCUCAGGGGCAGUUCCCCUUGCCCGAACUCACUGAGGAAAGUAAUCUUGAAAUACUUCCCGCAGUUUUACUGCCAGUACGAGAAGGUGGUCUGGGAGCGGCUGUCCAUGACGGGUUCCUUCAUGAACGACGCGCUUCACGGUGGCAUCGCUGUGUACCAGUACAAGACGUUACUGGAGCGUCUGCAAGACCUGCGCAUGCGAACAAUCUCGAGAAAUUAA